AUGUUCCUGGUGUAUUUUCAUAAUUUGGAAAUAAAUACAUACGUGCAUGCAUUAUUGAAGGCUAUCUUUGAAGAAGAAGAACCUGCAGUGUCGGCAACAGCGGCGUUCAUAGCAAUGAGCCUUUUUACAUUCCAUUGCUCGAGGCGAUGCUACGAGUCUCAUCUUCUCCAAGUGUUCGCGAGCUCUGGCAAGAUCAACAUAUGGCACUAUGGGAUUGCCUACGUACACUAUAUGACAUUUAUUUUGGCCACCGUUGGAAAAGCGCCGCUGUUUUGCGGUGAUCGAGUAAAAGAGAACAUUCGAUGGAUAGAUACUCGAACUGAAAUUCUAUGUAUACCAUGCAUUCUGAUUUUCCUUCUGGCCUCUUACGAGCAGUAUAAAAGCAACGUCAUACUAGCUAACCUGCGUAAAGACAAGAAGACAGGAGCCGUGGUCACUGAAGAGCACAGAGUACCUCGCGGCAGGUUGUUCGAGUGCGUCUCCAGUCCGCACAGACUAUGCGAGGUUAUCCUCUACAUCGUCAUCGCUGUUCUGAUACCUACGAAGACGAUAAUAAUUAUGUGUGUGUGGGUGCUAUGCAAUCAGGUCCAGUGUGCCUUCUUCGUCCACGUGUGGUAUAGAAAAACUUUCAAAUACUACCCCGAUAACAGGAUGGCAAUUAUUCCUUAUUUAUUGUGA